CCUACUCCUGCUUCCAUCACAGGUGAAGCUCAGAUUCAUUUCAGGAAGAAGCUCACUGUCUGUUCAGAGUUUUCUUCAACACUUUGGACUGAUUGAACAAACUGUGAAGCUAGAAAGUGUGUGUGAGCUGAUGUGGAUGUGAAUUCAGCAGCAUGGAUCAGUGUGAGGACAAAAAUGAGGGAGUCCCUCCCUCUAAAACCACUCUGUGUGGGAAACAUGAGAGCCGGAGCAAAGGUCAGAGAGUGGACCAGCAGAUCUCAGAGGUUCCCAGUGGUCCUUCUGCCCAGCAGCAUCAAACCCAGCUGGACUCCAUAUUUAUGCUGCUGGAGGACAACAUGGUCACUUUUGUGAAGAACGAGCUGAAGAAGAUCCAGAAGGUUCUGAGUCGAGAUGACCAAGAAUGCUUACAGGUCCUGAGAGAUGAUGGAGAUGUGUUGAAAGGUGAGGAUGAUGAGCAGAGAAGGAGCAGCAGAGAGGCCCUGAUGAAGAUGACCCUGAACUUCUUGAGGAGGAUGAAGCAGGAGGAGCUGGCUGACCGUCUGCAGAGCAAACAUCUUGCUGCAGUUUGUCAACAUAAACUUAAAUCUGGUCUGAAGAAGAAGUUCCAGUGUGUGUUUGAGGGGAUUGCUAAAGCAGGAAGUCCAACCCUUCUGAACGAGAUCUACACAGAGCUCUACAUCACAGAGGGAGGGACUGGAGAGGUCAAUGAUGAACAUGAGGUCAGACAGAUUGAAACAGCAUCCAGGAAACCACACAGACCAGAAACAACCAUCAGACAAGAAGACAUCUUUAAAGUCCCACCUGGAAGAGAUCAACCAAUCAGAACAGUGAUGACAAAGGGAGUGGCUGGCAUUGGGAAAACAGUCUUAACCCAGAAGUUCAUUUUGGACUGGGCUGAAGACAAAGCCCACCAGAAUAUCCAGUUCAUGUUUCCAUUCACCUUCAGAGAGCUGAAUGUGCUGAAAGAGAAAAAGUUCAGCUUGGUGGAUCUUGUUCAUCACUUCUUUACUGAAACCAAAGAAAUCUGCAGCUUUGAACACUUCCAGGUUCUGUUCAUCUUUGAUGGUCUGGAUGAGAGUCGACUUCCUCUGGACUUCCACAACAAGGAGAUCCUGACUGAUGUUACAGAGUCCACCUCAGUCGAUGUUCUGCUGACAAACCUCAUCAGGGGGAAACUGCUUCCCUCUGCUCUCCUCUGGAUAACCACACGACCUGCAGCAGCCAAUGAGAUCCCUCCUGAGUGUGUUGGCAUGGUGACAGAGGUCAGAGGGUUCACUGACCCACAGAAGAAGGAGUACUUCAGGAAGAGACUCAGAGAUAAGAAGAAGGCCAGCAGGAUCAUCUUCCACUUGAAGACAUCACAAAGCCUCCACAUCAUGUGCCACAUCCCAGUCUUCUGCUGGAUCACUGCUACGGUUGUGGAGGAUUUGUUGAAGACCAGAGAGGGAGGAGAGCUGCCCAACACCCUGACUGAGAUGUACAUCCACUUCCUGGUGGUUCAGACCAAACUGAAAAAGGCCAAGUACGAUGGAGGGGCUGAAACGGAUCCACUCUGGAGUCCAGAUAGCAGGAAGAUGAUUGAGUCCCUGGGAAAACUGGCUUUUGAUCAGCUUCAGAAAGGAAACCUGAUCUUCUAUGAAUCAGACCUGACAGAGUGUGGCAUCGAUAUCAGAGAAGCCUCAGUUUACUCAGGAGUGUUCACACAGAUCUUCAGAGAGGAGAGAGGGCUGUACCAGGACAAGGUGUUCUGCUUCGUCCAUCUCAGUGUUCAGGAGUUUCUGGCUGCUCUUCAUGUUUAUCAGACCUUCAACUCUGGUGUCAACCUGAUGAAAGAAAAACAAGCAACUACACCUACAUUAUUCACCAAAUCCAAAACAAGAGUGUUCCAUCACAAUGCUGUUGACAAGGCCUUACAGAGUCCAAAUGGACACCUGGACUUGUUCCUCCGCUUCCUACUGGGACUUUCGCUGCAGACCAAUCAGAUACUCCUAAAAGGUCUGCUGACACAGACAGGAAGUAGCUCACAGACCAUUCAGGAGACAGUUCAGUACAUCAAGGAGAAGAUCAGUAAGAAUGUGUCUGCUGAAAAAAGCAUCAAUCUGUUCCAUUGUCUGAAUGAACUGAAGGAUUCUUCUCUAGUGGAGGAGAUCCAACAGACUCUGAGUUCAGGAAGUCUCUCCACAGAUAAACUGUCUCCUGCUCAGUGGUCAGCUCUGGGUUUCAUCUUAUUGUCAUCAGGAGAGGAUCUGGAUGUGUUUGACCUGAAGAAAUACUCUGAUUCAGAGGAGGUUCUUCUAAGGCUGCUGCCAGUGGUUAAAGCCUCCAACAAAGCUCUACUGAGUAACUGCAACCUCUCGGAGAGAAGCUGUGAAUCUCUGUCCUCAGUUCUCAGAUCCCAGUCCUCCAUUCUCAGAGAACUGGACCUGAAAAACAACAGUUUGAAGGAUUCAGGAGUGAAGCUUCUAUCCGACGGACUAAAGAGUCCAUACUGCAUACUGGAGACACUAAGCUUGUCAGGCUGUCUGAUCACAGAGGAUGGCUGUGCUUAUCUGGCCUCAGCACUCAAAUCAAACCCCCACCACCUUAAAGAGUUGGAUCUGAGCUACAAUUGUCCAGGUGAUUCAGGAGCAAAUAUGCUUAUGGCUGGACUGAAAGAUCCACAUUGGAGACUUGAAACUCUAAGGGUGGAGCCUGCCGGUGACAGAUUUUUGAAGCCGGGUCCAUGGAGGUAUUCAUGUCAGCUGACAUUUGACCGAGACACAGUAAACGAAAACUUUAAACUGUCAGACGACGACAGGAAGGUGGCGCACAUGGAGGAAGAUCACUCAUUUCCUGAUCAUCUAGACAGAUUUAGUGUUCCUCAGCUGCUCUGUAGAAAUGCUUUGACAGGCCGCUGUUACUGGGAGGUUGAGUGGAAAGGAAAAAUUGAGAUAUCAAUAGCUUAUAGAGGAAUAAGAAGGAGAGGACAUAGUAAUGAGUCUGUGUUAGGAAAAAAUGAUGAUUCCUGGAUUUUGAGCUGUUCUGAUGAAGGUUACAACAUCUCUCAUUACAAGAACAGGGAAAUCCUUUCAUCUUCCUCCUCUUCCUAUGUCUCUAACAGAGUAGCAGUGUAUAUGGACUGUCCUGAUGGCAUUCUGUCCUUCUACAGAGUCUCCUCUAACUCACUGAUCCACCUCCACACCUUCAAUACCACACUGACUGACAAUCUGUAUCCUGGAUUUACAAUCUCACCUGGUUCCUCAGUGUUCUUGUGUUGAGUAUUAACAGUCUCAUCCACUAUUCUCACUGUUGAACAGAUAGUUCAAACUGUACUUGUCUGUCUCUUUCACCCGAACUAUGUAUACAGAUCCAUGGAUCCAUGUUUUUUUUUUAACUCUUCUAAAUGAUUUAUUGGAAACGUCUUCCUCUACCAGUCCUCUAAAGAUGGAAGCUGGGAUAAUUCCAGUGUCCCCAUGUUGUUUUUUUCUGUUUCCAGUUAAAGCUUCACACUGAGUAUCAGGAUGUUGUAUUUCUUUUAAACUCUCUUUAACUGAGAGCUGUCCAGCCAACAGCUUUCCAGUGUUUAAGCCAAGAUAAUCAUAAAUGGGUCCCUAGUCGGUCAUGGCAAAUGGUCGCUUACACUGAGCCUUUUUCACUUCCUGUUAAAGGAGAGUUUUCUUCUCCACUGUCACUACAUGCAUGCUCAGUAUGAGGGAUUGUUUCAUAGGCAACGGCACAAUACAAGCAACUGUCCACUGUCUCUACAUGCUAAUCCUGGAGGAGUGAAUGCUGCAAGUUACUGACUGGAUGCAAUCUGCUGAGUUUCCUUAGAUAAACAUUUUUUUUUAACCAAUUUUAAUAAUAACCUGAAUCUGACUGCAUUGUUUGAUUUACUAGGAUCAUAUUGUAUGUAUCCGACUUGAAAUCUGUAUGAGUGAAUUAUUUUUGUAAAGUGCCUUAAGACGACAUGUGUUGUGAAUUGGCGCUAUAUAAAUAAACUGAAUUGAAUUGUCCCAAUUGAUGGCAUUCUGGUACUAGUAGAACAUUAACGAAUAUUUACUAUUUAAAGACAUGGUUACAUUCCUUCUACUUUCUCCUUCUCGCUUCAAAUUUUUCUUUUGAGUAAGUUAGAAGAGGGAGUUUGACUUUUUCUCCUUGAAACAGGUUCUAGAUGAUAUUCCUGCAGUAGAAGGCUAAAUGGACAUAAAUCCCUGAAAUGGAUGUCAAUCAAUACAUUUUUUUAAUUUGAUCAUUUAAAGACAAUUGGAAAAAGAUGAUACUUUAGACUCAAUGCAAUCUGCUCGGUUUCCUCAGAUAGAAAAACGUUUUAACAAAUUGAAUAUUAACUGAAUUUGACUGCAUUGUUUACUAUAUAGGGUCAGUUAGAAUGGAUCUACUUGAGUUGGAAUCUGUAUGAUUCGAUUGAACUGACUUUGUAAAGUACCUUGAGAAGGCGUGUUGUGUAUUGGUGCCAUAUAAAUAUCAUGGAUAUUAUGAAUUAAAACUGAAUUGAACUUUU